AUGACAGGGGAGACGGAUAGUAUUGAUAGGGUCGAGAAUGUUGGAAAUACCAAUAAUAUGGGAAAUUUGAAGAACAACGACAGUAUUGACAAUAAUGAUAAUAUUGACAAUGUAGAAGAUGUUAAUGGGGAUGAUGACGAUGACCUAUUUGGGGAUGACGACGAGGACGAUGAUGAUAUUGAUAAUGAUAACGGCAAUAAUGAAGACGGAGAUGAAGAAGAUCAGAAAUCUAGGAACGAAGAAAAUGACGCCAAUUCGGAAUUGGAUGUUGAAGAAGAUAUCAAAGAAGCAGAAGUAACUUUAGAGAGGCAUCCAAGAUCUCAUAAACCACUGAAUGACGAUGCAUAUAGUUUCCCUCUGCCAAGGUUCCUUUAUGUGGAACCAACCCCUUUCACCCCAAACUUAUUUGAAGAAGAUUUAAAAGAAUUUAUUCGGACGAGUAACCAAUCAACAGAUCCAAAUGAAGCGACACUUAGAUCGUCAAUUCAGUUCAAGAAGUUGCAACUGAUCAAUACAAUCCGAUGGAGAUACUCCAAGGAUAAUGAGGGUAAUUUAUUCAAGCAGUCAAAUGCAAACAUCAUUGAAUGGGAUGAUGGUUCAAUGUCACUUAAACUGGGUAACGAAUAUUUCGAUAUCAAAACGAAACCUUUAGAUGAUAAUAUUUUGUCAGUACAGAACGGUGAAACCGUAAUGUCUUUACAACCACUCAAUAAAAGUAUACAGGUUUUACCACCAAGUAUGAAAUCUAAAGCGCAUGUUAUAUUAGCAAAUACAAUUUCAAAAAAUUUGAAGGCCAAGAAGUCGAAGACUAUCAAUACCAUAGUUACCUCGGAAGAUCCAGAAUUAAGGGCCAGAGAAAUAUCUAAAGCACAGCGUGAAAUCGAGAAGGCACGUCGUAGACAAGCAAUGAAACUUGAAUUACAAGAGCAAGAGAACGAACGAAGAUCAAUGUCUGCCGGUCUCUCAAUUGGUGGUAGAGAUGAAGCUAAUGUUGAUGAUGAUAUCGAUGUUGGUGAUGAUUACGAUGAUUACGAUGAGGAGGAGGACGAUGAGGACGAUAUAGUACACGACGAAGAUGAGGAUGAACUUGAUCGUGCAGAGGCACGUCUUAAACAAGUUAAGAAAGAAGGUGCUGCAAAGUAUCGCGAUUUGUCUACAGAAAGAGACGACGAUGUUGACGAAGACCUCGAAAAUAGACAGGGAGGAUCUGUCCGUAAGAAGAGAAAACUUGUCUUCGAUGAGGAUGACGAGUAG